AUGGAGAUGUUGAAAUUCUUUACCGAUAAACAAAACAACUGUGUCAAUAGAUAUAAGUUCAAAGAUAUCAAAGUAACAGCGUUUGACAGUGCCGUAUUCAUUGGUAGAAAAGAUAUGUUUGAAUAUCUUUGGAAAGAGAGACCACAGGAUGUUGAAACCAGUAGAAUGUUUGAGUUUGCAAUCAAAGGUAAACAAACGGCAAUGGUUGAAUAUCUAUUAAGAGAACAUAGAAGUCUAUCUAUCAAGGUUCAAGAUAAAUUGAUAGGUUUUGCUUCUAGUGUCGAUUGUGGAGAAAUCGUUAAACUAUUAUAUCACCACAAUAUAGCUAUGAGUCCAAAUUCAUAUCCAAUUAUGAAAUAUUUUGCUUCAUACUGA